CCGAGGCAUCCUUGACAACAAUCGCCGGUGGUCUGUUGUUUGCGUCUUAACGCUUUUGUUUACUUUCCGUGAUCGUCACAACGUUCAUUUUAUUCGCAUAUGCGUGUGCUUUAAAACUUUACACCCUUCUUUUAGCAACUCCUUACUACAUCACAUAAUAAAAUUACCUGAAACGGACUAUUUGACGCUUCAUACCAGUCAAGUUGUAUUUGCUAAUUGACAUGCAUCUGUAAAGGGGUUGACAAGCUAAGCAAAACAUCUAGAGCGGCUCCAUGGAACCCAGUAAUGAUGUUGCGCUUGAUAUCAUCGUUACCAAUGUCGUAUCAGUCUUCAGAACCAGGUGCCAUCUAAACCUGCGCACCAUCGGCCUGGAGGGGACAAAUGUCAUCUACAAGCCUGAAGUGGGAAAAGUUCUGAUGAAGCUGCGGAAACCACGUAUCACUGCCUCUAUAUGGUCAUCAGGGAAAAUUAUUUGCACUGGAGCAACAAGUGAGGAAGAAGCCAAACUAGGCGCUCGACGGUUAGCCCGCUGUCUACAGAAGAUGGGAUUUAAGGUGAGGUUCUCGGACUUUAAAGUUGUCAAUGUGCUGGCGGUGUGCUCCAUGCCUUUUCAAAUCCGUCUCAUUGAGUUCACUAAGAACAACCGGCCCAUUGCCAGCUAUGAGCCCGAGCUUCAUCCUGCUGCGUCAUACAGAAUCAAAAACCUCAGGAGUACAGUGCAGGUGUUUUCCACAGGCAAUAUCACUGUUACAGGACCAAAUGUACAGACUGUGGCGUCUGCCGUGGAGCAGAUUUAUCCUCUGCUGUUUGAGUGUCAGAAAACACUGUCAUAAACCACACGCACACACGUAGGCACCGGUUUGAAAUGAAAAGCACCUUAUCAUUGAAUGUUUUAAGGCUUGUAACUGUUGUACUGUAUGUGUCUCCAAGGCAGCUUUUUUGCCAUUUCACGUCCAAGCGGGUCUGGGUCGUGUGUUUUCAGAGUCAUGCCUUUGAACGUUGACUUUGGUGUUUUCGGACCCCACGCCGAUUAAUGACGACCUCUUAAAGCUCAGAAGAGGACCAUUAGUGCAUUGACAUUGUGUUGCUGACAUUGUGUAGUUUAUAAACACUUGAAUUAACUGUAUUAUAAUGCAUGGACACCAAAGCAAAAACUGGCAAGCAGAGACAUUUUAAGGAUCGCAUUUUAAUGAAACGUCUUGGAAGUUUUAGCUAUGUUGAUUCUAGUGACGUCUUUACGGCUCAUUUAACGAUACUAUAAAUCAGAAGCGAGAGGUUAAAGGGCAAACAAACACUUCACAUUUCAACAGCAGGUGAUGUAUUUCUGGUUUACGCUGUGGACUGGAACACUCUGGGUUGUGGAGGAGUCUUUGGUCCAUAUGUUUAUGUAAUAUGUAAAAAACUUUUGUAUUUUAUAAUAAACAAAUAAAAUAACCUCUAUAUUAA